CGGGCUGCAGGCGUGGGCAGCCUCUGAGCAUGGGGCUGAAUGGCGGAGAGUGUCCUGGCGCUGUGGGGCUGGGUGCUGCUGAGCCGGGGAGCCGGGCGCUGUGGAGCCACCGGAGGGUGCCACAGGGCUGCGCCUGGGUGCCCGGGCCUGGCAGGGGAAGGCCUCCUCUUUGCCUGGGGUGGGGCCAAAUGCAAGGAUCCCCACCCCUCGGCUGUGAGGUUGGCAGUGCUCUUGUCUGUGCUGGGGGCUGCUGUCCCAUUCCCCUGGGCUCGGUGCCCCGCGGGGAUGUGGGGACGGCCAUGGACAGGGCGAGGGCUGGAUCCCAGUGCCCGGCUGGGCAGGGGAAAGUUUUGUGACUCUACUGGAGCCUCAUCUCUGUGGUUGUGCUGCUGUCUUCAGGCAGCUGCCUGGGGACAGUGGGUCUUGCUCUGGAGCAGGCUGGCUGCCUCCCCUGUGGGUUCCCUGCCCAGCAGCUGCCACUGUUGUAGGUGAGGAAGCUUCUCGGGGGGCAGGAAGGUGCUGUGUCUUUGGAGGAAAGGGCUGACCUCAACACCCGCUUCUGGCAGUAUUUUGUCUUUUAUCACACUGACAGCACAGGGAUGUGCACCAAAAACCUGCAUGUCAGGAAGCUGUUGCUCCGCUUUGCACCUGCUGAGUGUCAAAGAAAAGCUCUUGGCAAACCAAAGGGGAAAUGUGGAGAAAAGGGUGAUGCAGGCGUUUGCAUAUCCCACCUGUCCCAUACCAGGGCAGGAGCCAUGCCUGUGACCUGGAAUGGGCUGCUGGGUCUGGGGUCCUCAUAUCCAGCACAUCCCAACCUUGGGGUCACUCCUCAGGCAGGGUGGGGGAGAGCCCUGUCUCCUUUAGGCUCUGGAUGCUGCAGCUUCUGCCCUCACCCUCCCUGCUGCUCCCCAGGGGCUGUGUUGGUGGGCAGAGCAGUGCAGAGAGACGAUCCUGCUGGAGGGACUCUGAGCUCUGGCACCAGAGCCUGGCACCAGGCCAGGGCGAGUGCUUGGCCCAGGCUCAAAACGUGCCUUGGCAAGACCCUGGGGCAGCCUUGCUGCUUAAUAUUGAUGGCUAUUGCCUGCACGGGUGCCUGGGGGCCCCAGCCCUGCAGAUCGUUUUCCCAUGUGCUGGGCCAGAUCGGGUUCCUCGUCACUCCCAGCAAAGCUCUCAGGCAGGACAAGGGGCUCAGCAGGCAGGGGACCACUGGCUAUGGGCUGUUCCUGGGCCUCUCAUUUGCUGGUGCGUGGCACUGUUCGAGGAUGCAGGCGAGGAGAAAGAGGAAGUGUUGGGACUCCUGGAGUGAGGUUGGGGGAGCAGCCUCUGCAACUUGGUCCAGAAGUUGAGGUGAAGGGAAGUAGCAUCCUUCACUUUAGGGAGGGACUAGGGGAGGAGGGGUAAUCCUUUACUGGCUCCUCCACAUUUUCCUUGUGCGAAUUCCCCUGUUCAUGAACAUGUUGGGAAGGGCUGAAAUCAUCCCUGGAAAUGGCCCAGCAUCCUGGAUGUUCAUGCCUUCUCUGGUUUCCUUUGAGUCAGACUCUCCGUGUCACUCCCCCGGCCCCCUCCCCGCUGGGAAAGACGAGAUGGGACCAGAGAGCACCUGAGCCCAGAUGCUGAGGGGCCUGUGCCCCCUGCUCCGUGCAGAGAGACAUCCCGGCGACAGCGGCCCCGCAGCCUGCGGGAGCUCAGCUUCUCCAGCUCGGCACUGCCGGCACCAGCGCGUCGGGGACGGCCAGGCAGCAGGGUGGCCUGCCCACGCCCAGCUCCUGUCCCCCCAGGCGUGGUGUGGCGGGGAUGAGGAGCCGGCAGCGGAUGUUUGCCGCCGUGAUGCGCCUGCUGCUCAAGUGCCUGCGGCUGGGGCGGCGGCGGCGCUUCAGGCUGCUGCGGCAGCUGGAGCAGCUGUGGCACUACGGGCACCUCUGCCUCCGCUCCCUGCUCUACAACUCCUUCACCAACGGCGAUGUGGUGCUCGACUCUCUCUUCGAGCCGGUCUACUGGCUGGUGGACCAUGUCACCCGAUGGUUUGGUGUGGUGUUUGUGGCACUGGUGAUUGGGCUGACGAGCUCUAUUGUGGCCAUCGUGUACAUCUGCCUGCUGCCCCUCAUCCUGCAGACCUACACACCUGCCUGGAUAUGCUGGCACCUCGCCUAUGGACACUGGAAUCUCAUCAUGAUUGUCUUCCACUACUACAUGGCUAUCACCACUUCACCUGGGCACCCACCACAGGCCAAGAACGACCUCACUGGUGUGUCCAUCUGCAGGAAAUGCAUUGCCCCUAAGCCAGCUCGCACCCAUCACUGCAGCAUCUGCAACAGGUGUGUGCUGAAGAUGGACCACCACUGCCCCUGGCUAAACAACUGUGUGGGCCACUACAACCACCGCUACUUCUUCUCUUUCUGCCUGUUCAUGACCAUGGGCUGCAUUUACUGCAGCAUCAGUGGCUGGGACAUGUUCCGGGAUGCCUACGCAGCCAUUGAGAGAAUGAAACUGCUUGAGAAGGAGAGACUGCAGGUGGCUGCCAACCAGACAUACUACCAGACCCCACCACCCACCUUCACCUUCCGCCAGAGAGCUUUCCACAAGAGCGUGGUCUACCUCUGGGUCCUGUGCAGCUCGGUGGCACUGGCCCUGGGUGCCCUGACGCUGUGGCACGCUGCCCUCAUUACUCGCGGGGAAACGAGCAUCGAGCGGCACAUCAACAGAAAGGAGAGGCAGAGACUGCAGAAGAAAGGCAAGGUGAGCAGAGCCCACGGCACGGGGGCUGGCUGGGGCAGAGCCAGACGUGAUGUGCCUCUCCCUGUCCUGCAGGUCUUCAGGAACCCCUACAGUUACGGCAGCUGGGAUAACUGGAAGGUGUUCCUCGGUGUGGAUGUGCCAAGGCACUGGCUCACCCGUGUCCUGCUGCCCUCUCCUCACCUGCCCCACGGGACAGGCCUGAGCUGGGACCUGCCUCCAUGCGUGACGGACCAACGCGCGCCACUCCUGGCAAUCUGAGGCCCUCUGCUCUGGAAAUCCCUUCCUGCAGGCAGGGGAACCCACUCCACCACUGCAGCUUCCUUUGGCCAAAGUGCCUGGCAGAAGGCUGGCACAUAUCAUUGACUGGAGCCAGGGCCAUGGGGAACUCUUAUGGACAGCGUUGGUGCCUGGACACCUGCCCUCUUGGCUCUUGGUAGCUGCAGGCAGCCCAGGGGCGAGGUGGCAGAGCUGCUGUUUCCUGCUCCAGCUGGCUGGUGCUGGCCCUCAUCAGCACAGGUACGGGCCAGCAUUGGCCCAGCUCAGCUCUCUGAAGGGCUGGGCACAGAGGAUGGCACCCCCAAGUGCUCCCCGGGGAGUCUUUUUAGGACCAUCUACUAAAUACUGUUUUUUUUUAA